GAUUUGAGAAAAAAUUUCAGUCGUCAAUGGCGUCUGCUCUGCGUAGAACCGCAAGCCUUCUUCGUCCCUUCCAACUUUAUCGUCAAAUUCGCGUCUCAAACGAUCUAGUGAAUCCGUCGUGUAUAUCCGACGCGCUUCGUCAUGGAAAUUUCUCUCUUUCUCGAUCGUUUUAUACACUUAACUUUGGAAUUGAACGAUUGAAGAUGGAUCAGAGAUGUUUGCUAAGCACUUCUGUCUCUGAUACUACCUCUAAGCCUAACUCUGGUAAUCCGGAAACAAAAUCUUCCGUUGAAAACGAGAAAUCUGGAGGAUCAGAGAGCUCAGAUGGCGAUUCCAAUCAGAAAAACGGCCGUUCUUCCGGAAAAGACGUUCGUGGAGCGCCCGUUUCGUGGUGGAGCUUUUUCUUGCUAUUAGCUACUGGAGCUGGAUUGGUCUUCUAUUACGACAGGGAAAAGAAACGUCAUAUCGAAGAUAUAAAUACCAAUUCGAUAGCCGUCAAGGAAGGACCAUCUGCUGGAAAAGCAGCCAUUGGAGGACCAUUCAGUCUUAUAAGAGACGAUGGGAAACGUAUUACGGAGAAAGACUUGAUGGGAAAAUGGACCAUCUUAUACUUUGGGUUCACUCAUUGUCCUGAUAUCUGUCCUGACGAGCUUAUUAAGUUAGCUGCAGCCAUUGACAAAAUAAAGGAAAAGUGUGGAGUAGAUGUGGUGCCAGUGUUUAUCUCUGUGGACCCUGAAAGAGACACAGUGCAGCAAGUACAUGAAUAUGUCAAAGAAUUUCAUCCGAAAUUGGUCGGGUUAACUGGAAGCCCUGAAGAAAUUAAAUCGGUGGCCCGUUCUUACCGAGUUUAUUACAUGAAGACGGAAGAGGAAGAUUCAGACUAUCUCGUUGAUCACUCUAUAGUCAUGUACUUGAUGAGUCCGGAGAUGAAUUUUGUGAAAUUCUACGGGAAGAAUCACGAUGUUGACUCAUUGACCGACGGCGUCGUAAAAGAGAUUCGACAGUACCGGAAGUGAAGAGCCUUCGAAGAAAUAUUAAAGUAUAAUGAAUUUUUUUCAUAAUUCCUAUUUUGAUUUCUUGGUCAUCAUUGAUAAGAAUUUCUCAAUACGGAGCUUGUUUUUCCUUGAAAAAGAACAUGCCUGAUAAAAUUUGAUCCGCCCAUAUGGGGCUUUAACGUUUAUUUUGU